GUGCGUGUCUCAAUCCCCCGGUCGCCGGCGAUCCGAUGUGACGUCACCGAGAGGCGGGGAAUCGGGAGGGGCCAGCGGCGCGCGGACCUGCAGCCGUGUGAUGUGAGUGAGAGAGAGAGAGAGGAUUGGGAGGAAAGAUGGUGGAGGAUCCCGGAGCGCCGCUCUCCGCAUGGACCGAGCCCGUCGACUGAACCCUUGCACUCGCUGACAGAGUGGACCCCCAAACUGAUGAUUUUCCCAAACGGAAUCUGAUGGGACCAAAACUUUAUAUAGAUCCUGCUUCUAAACUGGACCCAAAUUUCUCUAUUUGGGGACCAAGGAUCCAAGACACAAAACCGGCCCAUUUCACUAUUUCAUUGUCAUUCAACACCAGAACCUAGAAUCUCAGUUGGACUCAAGCUCCCCACCCACAAUCGCUGAACCUUUCACCCAGGCUGCUGCAGAGACUUUUUGCUGAGCUCCUCACAAGGGAAGCUCCAGAGAAACCAAGCUACUCCACUCAUCCCAGAAACAGACAGAUAAAUGACCCUGGAAGUCUGUGCCUUGCAUCACGUGACCCCCAGACGGAAGGAGGGGAUGUGUCCUGUGUAGGCACGCGCUUCCGUGGCAGCCAUGAACCACCUGAAGGAGGCGGAGCAGGAGGCAGACCCUGGCAAUUGUAGCAUGGAGUUGAACGAGGCGGCAGAGGCUGACCUGGGAGGGUGCGACAUGGAGAGGGAGGAGAGGCAUCAGCUGCAGGCCCCGUCCCACCACCGGCGCAGACAGGACAACGGCAGCGUGCCUGGAGGAGAAGGUGCUGUUCGCCCAAGUCGACCCUGUCAGCAGAUCAGCCGUGGCACGGAGUCUGCCUCCGAAAGGCAGACGCAUCAUCAUCACGCGGCUCCCCGCUACCGCCGCUACGACGGCUCUGCCGGAGGUGGCAGCAGCGCCCGUAUCCAGCGCAGAUCCGCAGAGGAGGCUGAAGCGGAGCAGCAGCAGGUGCAGAAGUCAAUCCCACGUUCAGGUGUCACUCGCUACCGUCGGCAGGGGGACAACGAGGCGCGUGUCCGAGCCCAGCAGCAGAGGCAAAGGCAAAGGCAGCUGCAGCAGAGGGAGGCGGAGAGGGUGGAGUUGCCACCUGUGGUCCCGCCACCUGUGGUCCCACCCCCUCCAGAACACGAGGACCCUGAAGAUGAUGAGGGUGGGGCAUCCAGCCUGGCUCGCUCUGCCAGUACGGAGAGCGGCUUUCACAACCACACGGACCGGCCGGAGGGCGACGCAGUCAUGGCCCUUGAGCCCGAGCGGGAGGACGACAGUGUGUACGGCGUGCCUUUCCGCCCCGAGGCCGAGGAGUACACAGAGAGUGCGGAAGCUGAGCAGCACGGAGGGGUGGGCCAAGCCCACGGGCAGCCGCAGCCCCACUACCCACCGCAGCCACCCCCGCUCCCCCGGGAGCCCCUGCCCCAUGUGGAGAGGCCCCUGAGCCAGGACAUGGAGGCCCUCAACCCCACCUACUCCAGCUAUGUUUACACCCAGCAGCUGUACCAGGGCUCUGGUGUGGAGGGAAGGGGGUCAGGGGCCCCAGAUGAUGAACCGUAUGCUGAACCGUAUGCCAGCUACGGGAUGCAGGAGCAUGUGUACGAGGAGAUCGGCGAUGCCUCUCCAGCAGAGCCGGAGGGAGAAAAGGAGACUCCGCAGCAGCGUAGGGCUGGGUUCCGCCUCUUUGAGCAGGACAGCUACCGGCAGCAAGAAGCGGUGGGGUCCCGCUUGCACCACUAUGACGAGCGCUCUGACGGCGAAUCCGACAGCCCCGAGAAGGAGGCCGAGUUUGCGCCCUACCCUCGCAUGGACAGCAUGGACCAGGAGGAGGACAUAGACCAGAUUGUGGCCGAGGUCAAGGAAAGUCUGAGCUCCCAGAGCCUGGACCGGGUGGCCGCAGCCGAGGAGGAGUGGCCCGAAUCGGAGCACAACUCCAAAGGCGAGCUGCCAGAGGACAAGCCCCUGGGUGAAGAAGGGGAAAUGCCGCCCACCACCAGCCCCUCUGAGGACCCCCUGCCGCAGAGGCACAGCAGGGAGAAGCGUGAUGCCAUCUCUCUGGCCAUUAAGGACAUUAAGGAGGCUAUCGAGGAGGUGAAAACGAGGACGGUGCGUUCCCCGUACACCCCCGACGAGCCCAAAGAGCCCAUCUGGGUCAUGAGGCAAGACCUCAGUCCAACAGGGGAGUGUGACCUUCAGCCACCGCAAGGGGGAGAUUCUCCAGGGUCGGGCUCCACCUCGCCGCAGGGGGCGGGAUCCUCCAGCAGACACCCGCAGCUCCAGGAGAGCAGUGACAGCUUCGAGGCCUCGUCUCCCGCCGGCAAGGAGUCCAGGAAGAGCCUGGCUUCCUUCCCCACCUAUGUUGAAGUACCUGGCCCCUGUGAUCCAGAAGACCUCAUUGAUGGCAUCAUCUUUGCUGCCAACUACCUGGGUUCCACCCAGUUGCUCUCAGACAAGACCCCCUCCAAGAAUGUGCGCAUGAUGCAGGCUCAGGAGGCGGUCAGUCGCAUCAAGACGGCCCAGAAAUUAGCCAAAAACAGGAAGAAGGCCCCGGAAGGCGAGGCCCAGCCCAUGACGGAGGUGGACCUCUUCAUCUCCACCCAGAGAAUUAAAGUGCUGAAUGCGGACUCCCAGGAGACCAUGAUGGACCACCCAUUAAGGACCAUCUCAUACAUAGCAGACAUCGGGAACAUCGUGGUGUUGAUGGCCCGCCGCAGGAUGCCCCGCUCCAACUCACAGGAGCCGGUGGAGGCCUCGGACCCAGCCCAGGAUGAGAAGCGCCAGUACAAGAUGAUCUGCCAUGUCUUUGAGUCUGAGGAUGCUCAGCUCAUAGCGCAGUCCAUAGGACAAGCCUUCAGCGUGGCCUACCAGGAGUUCCUACGUGCCAAUGGCAUUAACCCUGAGGACCUGAGCCAGAAGGAGUAUAGCGACCUUCUCAAUACACAGGACAUGUACAACGAUGACCUCAUCCAUUUUUCCAAAUCCGAGAACUGCAAAGAUGUUUACAUAGAGAAGCAAAAGGGGGAGAUUCUGGGUGUGGUCAUUGUAGAGUCUGGCUGGGGCUCCAUCCUCCCCACUGUGAUCAUUGCCAACAUGAUGCAUGCUGGCCCGGCAGAAAAGUCAGGCAGGCUCCACAUUGGUGACCAGAUCAUGUCCAUUAAUGGAACAAGUUUGGUGGGACUGCCUCUGUCUACCUGCCAGAGCAUCAUCAAGGGUCUCAAGAACCAGUCGCGGAUAAAGCUCAACAUUGUCAGAUGUCCGCCAGUGACCACAGUUCUCAUCAGGAGGCCAGAUCUGAGAUACCAGCUGGGCUUCAGCGUACAGAACGGCAUUAUCUGCAGCCUCAUGAGGGGGGGGAUUGCGGAACGGGGUGGGGUUCGAGUCGGCCACCGCAUCAUCGAGAUCAAUGGCCAGAGUGUCGUGGCCACACCCCACGAGAAGAUUGUGCACAUCUUGUCCAAUGCUGUUGGAGAGAUCCACAUGAAGACCAUGCCAGCUGCCAUGUACCGCUUGCUGACUGCUCAAGAGCAACCUGUUUACAUCUGAGGUUGACUGAU